AUGGCCGCAUUUAGCAUAUCGGCGUUGCAGCUGAUAGACCUUAAGCGACGGUCGGCUCAAGCAUUCACUAUCUUCGCUAAUGAGGAGCGAGAUAGACUGUUAAAAACUCGGCCUGAUUUGCCAAUGGGUCUCGUCACUAGAAUGAUGGUUGAAAAAUGGAGGAACCUUGACAGUGAAGCGAAGAAACCGUAUUUUGAUGCUUCACGCGCAUCUCCCCCUUUAAAAACAGUAAAGGGUACCAAUGAUUCACUUUCGGAAAUUAUCCCCACAAAGAAGUGGCGCCCAGUUGUGAGUUACACUCAACCCAUUUCAAAUGCACCCACGCAGACAGUACGUGUCGAUCAACCUUCUGAACAGGCGCAAGGAAGAGUUAUCAUAGUACAAGGAAAGCUGGGUGCUCCUGUUUUGGAAGUCUCGAAAGCCCGUGAGUUUGUUUUUGGCUUAUUCUUUUACCUUGACUUUGCCUUUUUUAAAACUGUUUCUCAUUUUCCUUCAAAUGUAUCAUCCUCGUUGCUAGUUUGA